CUUUUUGUGCUAGGAAAAGUAUUGAUUCUAUCAUUAUUCCCUCUUAACCUCUUAUAAUAAAUGAAGCCUAAUUAUGACACUCUCCUCUUUGCUCAUACAUCAUUAAGGCUUCCCUUAUUCUAUAAGCCUUCACUAAACCUCCUCUUGCUCUUAAAUCAUCACCCUUAUCGAUCAUCGAGUCAAUAAGUAAGCCAAACCCAAUAUUUUUUCGUAUCGAGUGAUCAAAGGAGAGGUCACGACAAUGAGUUUCGUGCUUCUUCGUUGCCUAUCAGUUAUUAUAUUGCUGUUAUUGAAUACAGGGACUAAUGCGGAAAUAGCAAGGCGACUCCGAAUGUAUGACACUUAUCCAACAAUGAUCAUGCACGACACGUACCCUACAGAUGUUCCGCCUGACAAUCCAACGGGUGAUGUUCCGACUUUUAAUCCGACACCUACAACCACUCCAACAAUCCCGCCAAACCCACCAAUUUCAUUCCCGCCUAACAUACCGACCACAACACCAACCACGCCAACCGCAAAUCCUACACCAUCGUUUGGAGGAGGUGGAGUUGACACUGGAGGUGGAGGUGGUAAUGGAGGUGGAGGUGGCAUUGGUAAUGGAGGUGGAGGUGGCAUUGGAGGUGGCAUUGGAGGUGGAGGCGGCAUUGGAGGUGGAGGCGCAGGAGUUUGGUGUGUGGCAAACCCAAGUGCUUCCGAAAAGGCUUUACAAGUUGGUUUAGAUUAUGCUUGUGGAUUUGGAGGAGCUGACUGCUCUGCAAUUCAAUCUGGUGCAAGCUGUUACGAUCCAAACACAGUAAAAGACCAUGCUUCUUAUGCCUACAAUAACUAUUACCAGAAGAACCCAGCUCCAACUAGCUGUGAUUUCGGAGGAACAGCCCAACUUGUAUACACAGAUCCAAGCUCUGGAAAUUGUCAUUAUGCAUCCUCGAAAGGACCGACAAGUACACCACCAGCAACUCCAACCCCAACGAUGCAAGCACCACCCACUACCAUGAGUCCACCAACUCCGCCAUUUUCAGACUUUCCAGGAACACCUUUUGGUGGGGGAUCGGGUUUUGUACCAGAACCAACAGGAAGCCCGAAUAUGGCCGUUGCAAUGUCUCAGCAGUGGUUUCUCAUCUUCGGUUCAACAAGCAUACUUCUGUACAUUUUACAAGCAAAUCAUUGAUGAACAAAUGUAGAAGGCGAACACUUUUUUCCUGUGAAAAGUAGUAUAUAUAUCAUAUCAGCUUUGUUGCACCAUUGAUGAAAAUGUUCGAAGGCGCUACUUCACAGACGAGCUUCAUCACUCUAGUGAGUCGAGUCCUCAUCAUCACCAGGAGAAUUCUUCGUCAUUCAUCUAUAAUACACAGUUCUUGUUAGUUUAAAUUCUUGACAAUAUAGGCAUACAUCACUCCUAGUAAAUUUCAUUUGUAGAAACAGAAAGUACUGAUUCAGUAUCAAACAAAUAAACUAUAUUAGGAGAUUAAUACAGCUUUAGAAAUGUAUUUUACAGCAAAGAAAAAGUUAAUCACAAACAUGUUCUGCUCAAA